UUCACGACCUACCGCUUUUUUCCAUUCUCUGGGAUCUUAAUUGCUUCACAGAGUUGCUUCUUUGGACCCCUCGAUCCCUCCCGGGGCGUCUUCUUGCAGCUACCAUUCACCGCUGCACACCCCCGCCCGAUUGAUUGUCUUGGUUCUAUUCCCUGCCGUGCCUUCCUGCACCAACUCGCGACGAAGACCAAAACAUGACCUCGUUCGUUCCUCCGAGUUCAGCCUUUGCCACGACGCGUGCAGUGCUCUCAAACAUUGGAAAGCACGACAUAUCCAUUUGAGCCCGACGACCACGAGACACGGAGGACCGUCAUCCCGGCCUAUACUUCACACACGACCACUGGGUCGCUGCCGGCCGAGGAUUCUCACUUGCACGACCGACCACGACCACCUGACGACACGGAUUGCUCUGCACUUGCUUCUAAUACUGCUGGCAGCGCAUACUUUACUGUGCCACCUCUCUGCUGUGUUUUCCUCUUUUCCCUUUCAUAUCUGCAUAUUAUCCAGGCGUUACGGUGACCACGUCUGCAUCCACCACCCGGUUCGGCAUUCAUCUUACGAAAGCGGCGAAAAAACGACAUUCCCCCAGAGCUCGGCAUUGACCGACCGUAUCGACGCCCCUCCCACACUUCCCCAUUCUGUCGCAAGCGAACGAGAUACCCACCGCGUCUACGCCUACCCGUUACUUUUGAACAGACACUCAAUAUACUCUCCCAUGGAUCGAAGGGGCCGCUGACAGUACAUAUCUCACUGCUACAAGAGCUCGGCCGGAGUGCAAACUAUUCGAACAUGGCGCCCUCCCAGGCCUAUACCAACGAGAUCUUGAGGCAGGCUGUAUAUUACCACCUCGACAACCUCUCGCCCCACAAUGCUCUCUUCUUUGCCGAGAGACUAUGCGCCCAGGACAAAGAUAAACAAACCGAGGCUACCUUCUUAUACGCACUUUGCCACCUACGGCUCGGCGAUGAUCGCUCCGCAUACGAAGUUAGCAAGGCCUCUGGCUACAGGGGCACGCAUCUGGGCUGCUCCUUUGUGUUUGCACAGGCGUGCCUGCGGAUGGAAUUGUGGAAAGAGGGCAUCACCGCGCUAGAAAAGUCAAGGGUAUUAUGGGCUUCCAAGAAUAACAUGGGGAAGCACGCCGCCGGGCUGAGAGCGCCGCACCCUGAUGCCGCAGCCUGUAGCUGUCUCUUAGGGAAGCUCCAUCGGGGCUAUGACGACAAGGACCGCGCAAUCUCUUGCUUCGAGGACGCUCUGAAGGCGAACCCUCUGAUGUGGGAUGCAUUUACCUCGUUAUGCGACAUGGGCGUGACAGUCCGUGUUCCGAACAUAUUCAAAGUGAACGAAAAUAUGGUCAGGAACUUUGACCAGAUGCUGAACGGUCCGGUGGCCGACCCAAAAGAGCCGUCGCUAAACACACUCGAACCUCUCCACGUUCCUAAGAAGUCGUCACGAGCGGUUGCGCAUGAUCCUGCGGACCCUUUUGAGCAGCACCGCUCGGCAGGUUCCCGAGAAAUUCCGUCGUUCAGCGAUCUCCAAGCACCCGAUACGGACGCCAACGAUUUCAUGUCCAAGAUUGUCGCAGCGAGGUCAAGGGUGGGCGCUUUGGGAGCCCCCUAUGUAAAUCAAGGCGACAUGGAAACACCGACCACGACCAGGUCCAACGUUGAUACACAUCAAGCGCGGGUGCCGACGAAUCCAGAGCCGCCCCAGGCGCCAUUUCGGAGAAACAGAGCGCACCUUGCAGAGGCACCACCCGAGGCACCCCCACGUGGUGGCUACAAGCUCAUGACCAAGAGGAGAGAGAAGGUCCAGGAGGCCGAAGCUCCAUCGGACGCUGCAGCAUCGCUCCUCAGGCCGACGGUCAGUACUGACAGGAAGCGCACUGUGUCUGGACAGCCAGUACAUUCUCGGCCGAUGCAUGGGGAGGAAGCUCCUCAGCGACGUAGUGCCAGAUUGAACAUGUUCAAACAGUCAGGACCAAAGCCCAACACCGGCACAUCUACUACUGGCCCAUCUAACGGUCGUGAGUUGAAGAGGGCUAGAGCUCCUAUCUCCCGGCUCGUCAGACCAAAUCCAAAUCCAGCAGUCGGUCGUGUGGUUAGUGGAAACAGACGGGGGGCUGAGGACACGAAUAUGGAUGUCGACCGUGCGGAAGGCCCGGCGAAGGAGCCCUUGGCAGUGCAACGCGUGCCCCAGAAACCCUCAGAACCGGAACCUAAAUCCGAGGAAGCGUUAAAGACCAUCUUGGAUCUCCUGAGGAGGUUUGCUUAUGGUUACCAGCAGCUCUGUCAAUUCCAAUGCCAUGAGUCGCUACAGUCUUUCAGCUCACUUCCUCGCCCGCAUCAGGAUACCGCGUGGGUGCUGGCACAGAUGGGCCGGGCUCAGUACGAGCAAGCGGCCUAUCCGGAGGCAGAGAGGCUCUUCAGGCGCUUGAGGAUAAUAUCCCCAACUCGUCUACAAGACAUGGAGGUUUACUCGACAAUCCUCUGGCACCUGAAACGAGAGACGGACUUGUCAUUCCUCGCCCAUGAGCUGGUCGACUCCGCGUGGCUCGCCCCGGAGUCGUGGUGUGCCUUGGGCAAUGCAUGGUCGCUAGCAAAGGACCAUGAACAAGCCCUCAAGUGUUUCAAGCGAGCAACACAGCUCGACCCGAAAUUCGCCUACGCUUACACACUCCAAGGCCAUGAACACAUGGUCAACGAGGAGUAUGACAAAGCCCUGACGGCAUUCAGGCAGUCGAUCUCCGCUGACCGACGCCACUACAAUGCCUACUACGGCAUCGGUAUGGUUUACGAGAAGCUCGGCAAUUACGACAAGGCGUUCACCCACUUUCACUCUGCACACGUGAUACAUCCCAUGAACGCCGUCCUAAUCUGUUGUAUCGGCACGGUGCUCGAGAAGCAGAAACAUGUGCUACAGGCCCUGCAGUACUUCAACAAGGCGACCGAGUUGGCGCCGCGAGCUGCACAGGCACGGUUCAGAAAAGCACGCGCGCUGCUAAGCGUGGGGAACCUGCCGGCGGCGCAGAAGGAGCUUCUUGUGCUAAGAGAUCUCGCGCCGAACAACGCGCUCGUGCACUUCUUCCUGGGCAAACUCUACAAGGCUCAGAACGACAAGAGCCAGGCUGUGCGCCACUUCACCCAGGCACUGAGCCUGGACCCCAAGGCAAGCCAGCGGAUCAAGGAGGCGAUAGAGAGCCUCGAGGAGGACGACGGCCUCGACGAUUCUAUGAUACAAUGAUGUGUGUCUGCGGUUCCAACCUGGCCCCUUGGCUUGGCUUUUUGUAGCUGAGGCUUGAUUCGGCCACCUUACCACGAAUCUGGCUGGGCAUAAGCGGCGCAGUUCGGGCUUGAGGACACAGCGACCAUGAACGAGGCAACGAAAACAGCAUGGCAUGGAGCACGGCAAGGUUUUAAGGCAUGGCACAGGCGUUAAAGUAUUGAGUUGGGAGGGGCCCAAGGAGGGUAGGAAUAUCGGGAGGGCAGCCGGUAUGAGCAGGCGUAAUCUCGUUUUGCUUCCCUCCAUAUUCUUUUUUUUGACAACGGAUCAACCAGCCUCAUUUGUAGUCAUCAAUCAUCACGACCUUUGGUUUUGGAUGAGGAGGCUACUUGAGUCCGUUGUGGCGUGGGGGCUUGGCACGGCCUCUCUCUGCCAUCGAUAUAUUUGUGUAUGAGUACUUCGAUCACGGCAGUUGGAUUUGUAUAGUAGGUCAGGGCAAGAGAGGCCAUGGAAUUGUCACCACCACCAGGCUAGUAAGUAGUAUAAUGUGCGGCGUCGUCCUGUUAACAGCAGGCUUGUCAGAGCGUAGUGAUACCUAGGUACCUAUGUACGCAUGUAGACCCAACUUCGCCUAUCUAA